AUUGCAAAAAAAAACACCUUCGAAGCGUUGAGCAGAAUUUAUACAUUCCUUUGUUUUAUAGUUCCCUCACGAGUGGCUAUGGAAUCACGGAAGAGAAGUUGAAAUUUUUAAUGUUCAAUAAUUAUUUCAAACGAUAUAUUAUACCUUCAGUUGUUCCUCACGAUCUCAUCAAAACGAGUUGCACCGCCAGAGAUGAUCUCCAGAGUCUCCGAUUGUAUUAUCAUUUUCAUUCACAUUCUCAGCGCGGGAGCUUUCCAUAACAAAUAUUGUCAAUUACAAUGUUUCGAAAAUUUAACAAAUACAGUGUGUACUAGGGGAGAUCAGAAAUGUGGACCAGAUCCAGUGUGUGGCACGGACUUUCGCGUCAUAAAGUUGAGCAACGAUGACAGGCAAUAUAUUCUCGAUAUUCACAACUAUUUGAGGAACAAAGUUGCUUUAGGACAUGAAAAACGUGGAGAACAACCUUCAGCUGCCAAUAUGAAUGCCAUGAGUUACGAUAGAGAACUGGAAUUCAUUGCUCAGUGUUGGGCAAACGCUUGCAAGGGAAAUCCAUUGGUUCAUGAUGUUUGCCGAAGAUCACAUAAAUUCGAGUACGUUGGCCAAAAUCUUGGCAGUGUGAGUAGCACAAGCCCAAACAUAGAUCUCGUGAAGAGUCUGAAAGAAUUAAUUUUGGGAUGGUAUGACGAAGUAGCUGACUACAAUUCAACCUGGAUAGAUGACACUAGACCAAGAGAAAAAGAGAUCGGUCAUUACACCCAGCUGAUAUGGGCUUCCACAACCACCAUAGGCUGCGCUGUUUCCUACUAUUCCACCGUCAUCGAUGAAGAAAAUUGGUACGUUCUGUUGCUAGUAUGCGACUACGGUCCCGGAGGCAACUAUCUAGGAAGUCCGGUCUACCGAUUGGGCAAACCAUGCACCGAGUGCCCUAAAGGGAGAGCCCUCAAAAACAAGGUUUACCAGGGAUUGUGUGGAGUGGAUAUACGUGUGAACAGCAGUGAUCUAUAUGAAGACGCUGUAUUUUAACUCAAUGCUCAAUUAUAAACUGUCAAAAGAAGUGUUCCUAUACAUAUAUCGAAUUGUUUUUUAUAAGAGGUUGAAAUUCAGUGAACAAGUGAAUAGAGGUGACUUUGAAAGGAAUAUAUGUACUAUGAAUUUC